CCCUCCUCCAGGAUAAAAGCAUGAGGCGCAUGCUGCGGAGAAGGAGCGCCGCGCCUCGCGACCUCCUUGUGUUUUCCUCCAGGAUCUAGACUAGACUGCUUACCUCUAAGGCUUGGAACCAGCACAGGAUCCGGACUCGGGAGAAGCACAGAAACGGGGAGGGUUGGGGGGGGGGGAGCCAGAGCGAGAUAUAUCGCAGCUUCCUUGUGGUAUGUUGGGCAACAGAAAGAAAGCCGCGGCGGCGAAGAAUGGAGCCGGGACGUCCGAGUCCAAGGCCAUCGAUCCCCUCAGGAAUCUGGCAGUGCAGGAGGACGAGGAUGUGAAGCGGAUGUUGCAGGGCUCCAGUAUGGUUAAGGUCCGGUCGCCUCGCUGGCAGAAGAGACGAACUCUGAAGCUGAUGGGAGACGGCGUCACUGUGUGGUGUCAGUCCCACAAAACCUCCAGCUGGGCCAAGGAGCAACAAUCCUUCUCUGUCAUGGAAGUGGAGUGCGUUCGGGAGGGGUGCCAGUCAGAGACGUUGCGGCAGAUGGUCGGCUCAGUACCCGAGCAACGGUGUUUGACGGUGGUCUUCAAAGGGCCCCGCAAGAGCCUGGAUCUCCUCUGCCAGAGCCAGGAGGAGGCUCAGCAUUGGGCCCGCGGCAUCCGAACCCUGCAGGGCCGGGUGGAAAACAUGACCCAGAAGGAGAAACUUGACCACUGGAUUCAUGCUUACCUGAGUCGGGCCGACCAGAACCACGAUGAUAAGAUGAGUUAUGACGAAGUCCAGACACUGCUGCGGAUGAUCAACAUUGACCUGAAUGAGCAGUACGCCCGUAGCCUCUUCCAGAAAUGUGACCAGUCAGCCGACGGUCGUCUGGACCACGGAGAGAUCGAAGUGUUCUGCAGGGAGUUGUUACGGAGACCAGAGCUGGAUGCUGUGUUUAUCCGCUACUCUGCAAAUGGCUGUGUACUUUCCACUGUGGACCUGAGGGAUUUCUUGAAGGACCAGGGGGAGGACGCUUCAGUCACCCACGCCCAAAGCCUGAUCCUCACCUAUGAACUUAACGAGUGGGCCCAGAAGAACCAGUUCAUGACCCCCAAUGGUUUCACCAUGUACAUGCUGUCUAAGGAGAACUGUGUGUUGAACCCGGAACAUGCUAGGGUUUACCAAGACAUGAAGUACCCACUGGCACACUACUUCAUCUCCUCCUCCCACAACACCUACCUCACUAAGGACCAGCUGACUGGGGCCAGCAGCACAGAGCCAUACAUCCGAGCGCUGAAUCAUGGCUGCCGCUGUGUGGAGCUGGACUGUUGGGACGGAGAUAAAGGAGAGCCAGUCAUCUAUCACGGUCACACACUCACCUCCAAAGUGCUCUUUGUCGAAGUCAUUGAGACGAUCAACGAAUAUGCUUUUAAAGCAUCUCCUUUCCCUCUGAUCCUGUCCCUGGAGAACCACUGCUCCGUGGAACAGCAGACAGUGAUGGCGCAACACCUGCGAUCCAUCCUGGGAGACAAACUCCUCACCAAACCCCUCAAUGAUCUGGAUCCUAACAGCCUGCCUUCACCAGAGGAUCUUAAGGGUAAAAUCCUGGUGAAGGGGAAGAAAGAGCACGUGGUGGCGGAGUCCUCGUCCAGCUCUUCAGACCUCAGCUGCUCAGACGAGGAGGUCAGCAGCGCCGAAGCCAGACCCGGCAGUAAGAAAGAGGACCAGAAGCCAGGUGUGUCUAAGCUGAGUCCAGAGCUGUCAGCGCUGGUCGUCUACACCCGCAGUGUUCCCUUUAAAAGCUUUGAACAAGCAGCCAAAGCCCCCGCAACUUACAUGUCCUCUUUCUCUGAAAGUGAAGCACUAAGACUCGUGAAGGACUCAGGGACGUAUUUUGUUCGUCAUAACACCCACCAGCUCAGCAGGAUUUACCCCUCAGGCCAGCGCCUCCAGUCGUCCAACUACAACCCUCAGGAGAUGUGGAACGGAGGCUGUCAAAUUGUUGCUUUGAAUUUUCAGACACCUGGUGAACAGAUGGACCUAAACGAAGGCAGGUUUCUGCAGAAUGGUCACUGUGGGUACACGUUGAAGCCUCCCUUCAUGUGCCAGCCUGACACCACCUUCAACCCGGAAAACGUUGGUGGAGGUCCUGGCCACAGACCUGUCCUGCUCACUGUUCGGGUUAUUUCAGCUCAGCAGCUUCCUAAACCAGAAUGGGACAAACCCAGCUCGAUUGUGGACCCUCAUGUGUGGGUGGAGAUACAUGGUGUCCCCAUAGACAACUACAAGAAGAAAACUCAUCAUGUCGACAACAAUGGCUUUAACCCACAAUGGGACUGUAGCUUUAACUUUACCGUCCAUGUUCCUGACCUGGCUCUGGUUCGCUUCCUAGUGGAGGACCACGACUAUACCUCAAGCAAUGACUUCCUAGGACAAUACACCCUGCCUUUUACAAGUCUUCGAACAGGAUAUCGUCAUGUCCGACUGCUCAAGAUGGAUGGCUCCAGCCUCUCGCCCUCCUCCCUCUUCAUCCAUCUUAAGGUCACCCCAUGUCAGAGCAGUCCCUCGAAAUCAUCAGCUAAGUCCCCGGCCAAGUCUCCAGCCUAAAAAACCCCUAACCCCGUCUCUACCCCAUAGCAACAUAAAGCAUGAAGGCCACCAUGGAAAGAUGCCUGGACUGCCCGGAUCCAGGCAAAAAAAAAUCUAGGCCCUAAUUUAUAAAACAUAACGGUUAUAACCUUGUCCUACAAAUGUUGCAGCUAUAUCCUCGACCAAUCUAUGUUUUAUGGAGAAAAAGAGAUUUUUUCGAGCAGAAACUUGAGAACUUAAUGACAACCCAAUGAAACAGUCCACAUAUGUUAUUAUCUACAAGGUAAUGACCAAAGUUUGGAGCUACACAUAGUUUGUCUCCACAUAUAAGACUCGUAGCUAAAGUCUCAGACCUUCUGAAGGAAGGACUUUUUUUUAACUCUAAGUCUCGUAUUUUUAGUGUAUUUUAUCUGAAUAAUCUAUAAAUGCCUGCUGGUAUGUGAUUGAAAACAUUACUUGUGUAGGGUAGAAAGCCUACAAGUAAGUUGAGGCUUUAAAAAUGGUAUGUGAGGGAGACAUCAUCUAUAAACUACCCUCUGAUAUGCGGAUGUUCAUUGACAGAACUAUUGGUCGCUGUAAUCGAUCCUGCCGUCCCGACAUGAUCCCGUCCUAAUGCCACUCUACUGUAAAACACAAAGGACUGAAUCCACACGUUACAUUCUGUACACAAACACACUCCAAAGUUCAGCUGAAGCUAAAAUUUGGCUUUUGGAGCCUGGAGGCUUCAAACAACAUGCAUGUUUCAUUGAUAGAACAGCAUCUGACACUUUUCUGAAACCAAAACCCCUUCAUGCAUCAAGGAGAGAACUUCUCUCUUUCGCUUUUUCCAUUAUUAAACUGUACGGCGUCCCCAUUGUACGGUGACCCUAUUUGUGCCAUAAUUGCAUCUUGAAAAAAACCAACACAGCUUCAUCCCCAUUUGUGCCAUUUUUGCAUCUUAAAAAAUACAAAAACCUAGUCGUUGAUGGGGCGUUUGCUAGUUGCGGGUAAACAAAAUAGGUCUGUGCAUUGAGAUACAUUCAGAAUAAAAACAGAACUGCGUUAAAAAGGUCAGGGUUUAUGGGGGCAUAUUGUUUCAAUUCAAUUUAUAGUGUCAAAUCAUAAAAGAAGUUACCUCAGGACAUUUUACACAUAGAGUAGGUCUAGACCAAGCAGGUACCAGGUACCAGUCAGACGAUAAAACAAAUCCAGGAAAGAAAGAAACUCAGCGUAAAGCCUUAUCAGACACCAAAACACUGCACAGUGGUUUAUAAAACUGUGUGCCAAGUGUUAUCAAAGUGACAAUCAUUAGAUCCUUCUUCUUAAUGAUUGUGAGGUUAGCAGUAGGGAAUGGGGGGGUGGGGGGGGGGGGUCGAUACAGCAUAGUAUUGCAACAUUUUCCAUGGCAAUACUGUAUUGAUACACAGACGCCAAGUAUGGAUCUUUCAUUAUAUACGUGUUGGUCAGUUUGUCCCAUUGAAUAACAUUGAAGUGAGAGUAACAAACAGAAAUGUUUCUUUUUAGAUAAAACAGAUGUUGACAAAGUUUCCUUUUGGGGACAUUAUUUGAAAUUGAGAAAAUUAGAAGGAACAAAUUACAAGAUAUUGCAAUAGGUUUAAAAUCGCAAAAAUAUUGUAUUAUGACAUUGUAUCGUGAUGAUUCGUAUCAUGAUGAUAUCGUAUCGUGAUGAUAUUGUAUCGUGAUGAUAUCGUAUCGUGAUGAUAUUGCAUCGAGAUGAUAUCGUAUCGUGAUAAUAUUGCAUCGUGACACCGUACCGUGAUAUUGGAUCGUGAUAAAGCUUAUAAUGAUGAUAUUGGAUCGUGAUGAUUUCGUAUCGUGAUGAUAUCGCAUUGUGAUGAUAUCAUUUCGUGAUAUAACUCAUCAUGAUGAUAUCGUAUCGUGAUGCUAUCGUAUCGUGAUGAUAUCCUAUCGUGAUAUAGCUUAUCAUGAUGAUAUUGUAUCGUGAUGAUAUUGUAUCGUCAGGCCUCUAGUGAUUCCCACCUUACUGAAAUAAAUAAGGGGGGGGGGUAAGCUUUUUGAUGCAGACCUCAUGUUGGCCUUAGCCAAAUCAACUGGUUGUCUUUGUCCUGGCAGCCGUGGAUAUUAGGGAUUGACCAAUACUAGAUACCGAUUAUUAGAAGUUAAUAAAACCGAAAUGAAAAUCUUUAAGUCAAACUUGAGAUAUUGGAAUUUAAUCUCCAACACACACGUUUUGUUUAUAUGCUUUAAGUCAUUAUUUAAUUAAUCUGAAACGUUUAACACAAUAAACAGUAAUAAGGCAUUAUUUUGGUGUCAAAUGUUGAGAGCUCUGUGAAAUAUCUUCACGAGCAAAUACUAUUAAUUCACAAGCAGCGAGUGAUUGGCACUAAAAUAACGCCAUACCGUAACAGAUAGUCAGAUAGUGUUGUGGGUGGGACAUUGAAGGGUAACUACCUUUUUUUUCCACCUGGAUAACAGUCGUUGACGUUGGUCCAGUAUUAAGCCAGAUCGUUGCAGUCGGCGGCCGAGAAACAAGCUACAAUGGAAGUUAAUGGGGCAAUUGUGAAGCUUGUGAUUACCGUAAAACACACUUCAUUCAAAGUCGAAGGAAACAAAACAAAACUAUGAAAAGCCGUUUUGGGUUGUCUUUCACCUUUUCCAACCACCAGUUUUGGUUGAAAUAAACAUAGUUUACUGAUUUACAGGUGAAGAUAUGAUGGCUCUGUACACGCUAAAAGUAUUGCUUUUUUAAAUAGAGUCUGGUGGGUGUAGUGCUGUUUCUGCUUCUCUGACUGGUCUCAAAGAGGUUUUAAAGGUCUAUCUCUAAAAUGAUCCUUUCUAUAAUGUUAUCAGACACUUAUAAUAGUAAUCUGAGCCUGUCAGGGGCAAACAAGCACUUUUGUGAUACAAGCUGUCCUAUUAACUUAUAUUGUAGUUUGUUUAAUCCGCUGCGAUCUCUCUUAGUGCUGGACCAAUGUCAUAGAUUGUUGUUACCCAUCAGUCACUUAGACACAAAAACAGGGUCCAGGUUG